UUGGGCACCUGUCUUGCACCGGCUGUCGUUCCUUUUGACAGCUCAGUCGAGUAAGAAUCAUCGUUAGCGCAACACGCCAUGUAUGUGUCGUACGAAACAUCGCCGCGAGUGUUAUAACGAAAACAAACGUGCAUUCAAAAAUGGAUGUGUUUUAUUGUGCUGUCUUCCUAUUUAUUCAAGUAUAUGCAGUAACAUCAUGUGGGUUCCCUGGUGUACCUGCACACUGUUCCGUGUCCUUUACCGAGGAGCCUGAGGUGGUGGGUACAGUCGCUAUGUACACUUGCGAUAGAGGCUUCGAACUCUUGGGUCCUUCGAGGCGAGUCUGCGACGGGAAUGGAAGAUGGGUGCCAGACGGCAUUCCUUUCUGUGUGCUCAACGUAGCAGCAGGCAAGGCACCGAUGCAAGUGUCAACUGAAAGCACGGGUGUACCUCAGAAAGCCCUAGACGGGAGUACUGCGUCCGCAUUUAGUUCGGAAACCUGUACCCUCACCAAGAAGGAGAAAACACCCUGGUGGUAUGUCAACCUACUAGAACCGUACAUGGUUCAGCUGGUGCGAUUGGAUUUUGGACAACCUUGUUGCGGUGCAAACAAGCCAGCGGUGGUGGUCGUUAGAGUGGGCAACAAUCGUCCUGAUAAUGGGACAAAUCCAAUAUGCAACCGAUUCACUGGAUUCCUUGAGGAAGGUCAACCACUAUUUCUUCCUUGCAACCCGCCAAUGCCUGGGGCAUUUGUCAGCGUCCAUUUAGAAACUCCCGCCGCAACUCAGCUUUCAAUCUGCGAAGCUUUUGUGUACACGGAUCAAGCAUUGCCGAUUGAGCGUUGCCCACAGUUCCGAGAUCAGCCUCCAGGCAGUACUUCUACCUAUAAUGGAAAAUGUUACGUGUUCUAUGACCGACAGCCAGCAAACUUCAGAGACGCGCUGACCUUUUGUCACUCCCGCGGAGGGACCCUGGUAGAUGAGAGCAACCCGGCACUGCAAGGAUUUAUCAGCUGGGAGCUUUGGAGACGACAUAGGAGUGACAGCAGCAGUCAGUAUUGGAUGGGCGCGGUUCGAGAUCCACAGGACCCCAACAACUGGAAGUGGGUUAACGGAAAUGACGUAACCAUUUCCUUCUGGAACUCGCCGGGCAACGGUGAAGGUUGCGCACGCUUUGAUGGCAGCCAAGGGUGGCUCUGGGCAGACACUGACUGCCAAAUGAGAUUGAACUAUAUUUGCCAACAUCAGCCCAAAGCAUGCGGACGGCCUGAGCAACCUCCGAACUCUACGAUGCGAACGGAGAGUUUCGAUGUUGGAGCUACGGUGGAAUACUCAUGUGACGACGGUCACUUGCUUGUCGGCCCUACUGUCAGAACAUGCUUAGAAACAGGCUUCUAUGAUGAGUUCCCUCCCGUCUGCAAACGUAUAGAUUGCGGUUUCCCUGCCGAAAUACCUCGCGGAAGUUAUGAGCUCAUCAACAAUUCGGUGUCCUAUCUCUCCCACGUGCAAUAUUCUUGUGAACCUGGCUACGAGAUGGUGGGAAGAUCAAGGCUCGUCUGUGACAUAGAUGAGCGUUGGAAUGGUCCACCACCGAGAUGUGAUGUGGUGCGAUGCGAAGACCCUCCAGUGAUCCCGAAUGGUCGAGUAUCGAUCAGAAAUAAGCCGUUUGUCUAUGGUUCGGUGGCUGAGUACUUCUGCUCAAAAGGAUUCCUGUUGCAUGGUUCACAGUUAGUCACUUGUUUACCAUCAGGGACCUGGGACAGCCCUCCACCGCACUGUUACCCUGAAGAACGACCCACAACGACAACCACUUCAACUACAACAACAACAUCAACAACAACGUCAACAACAACAAAAGCACCAGAACCAACUACUACAUCUACAACUACGUCAGUCACUACAACACCACGACUUAUACUUCCCACCAGGCGUCGCAAUAGACCCACAUCCGUUGAACCUAGGCCAUCUACGUUUAGACCGACCUCGCCAAUUACGGAUACCACGAAACCGAGCACAGAACGAACCACUAGGAUACCUGUGAAGAAAGUAACUGUGUUAGAUUCGGAGCAGUCUUCCACCAGUCAUGUGCCACAGAUAACAGUGGCAAGUCAUCCUAGAGAGAAUCAGAUAUUCGGCAAUGGCAACAAUAUAAGAACUGAGCAAAUUCCUAGAGUGAAUGUGCCGUCGCCAGUGGAUGGAGAUCGUCGAGAACCAGUCGGUGCUAGAUUGAAUAUAGGUGCUGUAGUUGCACUUGGAGCAUUUGGGGCCUUAGUUUUCCUAAUAGCCAUAAUCACGACCAUUGUUAUACUUGUCAAGAGUAGGAAACAUAAUAACGGAAAGCGUUACCGACAUCACGUAGCCCCCGAUUGCAAUACCGUCGCAUCUCUCGAUUCCUCGUCAUCGGAAUCGCGCAACGGUUUAAACCGUUAUUAUCGACAAGCCUGGGAAGAAUUGCACGAAGCUACAGGAGGUCGCCGCUCACGCAGACACGACCGCGAAGCCCCAAAGGACGGCUCUGAGCUGGUCGUGUCUGAUGUGUACCCGGCACCUAACAAGCGGCGUCACCACCAUCACCACCACAGGCCCGACUGGCAACCAAGACACCACCAUAAAGAUAAAUCUAGAUAUUAAGAAAGUAUAUACGGAGGUUGGUUGUGUGUGUGAAUGUUGGACCAAAAAUUUAAUUGGACAUCUAGUUUUUGGAAUUUGUUCAGAUGUUUUUAAUUAUGUAUUCCCCUCCAUAUAGUGUUUAAUGUAGUUUUACUUUAAAAUUUUGAUAAGUGAUAAGACUGAUUUAGAGAUCAGAUGAACUUUUAAGAAGCUCUGUAUGUUACUGUAGUGAAUUUGUGAUUAUGUAAAAUGUAUUUCUUAUUACUAUAGAACCAGAAUUUUAUAUAAUGCAUUCCUUACAUUUUGUCCCAGUUCAGGUUUUUAUGUAAAUCAAAUAUAAGUAUGAUUUAUAAUAAGAGCAACAAUAAAAUCGCUUCCGUGCGUUCUGCAAGACCGAAUAAUAUUUGUAACGAUGUACCUACAUGAGUUAAAUACCGCGUAACUAAAUGUUUAAAUCUAUUAACACUUUAUUUACUUUACUUUUACAAUAUCUCAACUGAAGUUAGCGAUGCUAAUUCUAUUAAAUAUUAUUCUAUAAUAUAUUCAACACUUGAAUUAAAUACAAGUUUUUGACACGGAUGAGAUUUAGUAACGAGACUUACUUACUCGUGGUUGGCUGGCCGUAUGUCAAAAUCUUAAUUUCUUUUAUUCAAAGAUGCAGAAGCCAAACUAGGGAUUACUCUAUUUCUUCAAAUUAAUGAAAAAUAUUUCUGUUUAUUUUUACAAUUUAUAUAGCCUCACAGAUUAGUAAUUUUAUCUCUGUUAUUAUACCAAAAAAUAUAGAAAUUGUUCUGAAUUCUGAGACUAUUUAGGCCGGGCUUCUGUCAUACAAUAACGAGCAAACGUACCACGAAAAUAAAAAGCAAAUUUACGCAAGAUAUAAGACGACUUUUUUUUUGUAGUAUUGCGUGUGCUUUGAACGAACCAAAAUUAUUUUCGAGGAAGUUUUGAGCCGUACAGCAAACAUAAUUUUACGUGCUUUUGGUAGAUGUAUUUUUACUAUUUCGUACGAAUUUAUAUAUAUUUCCAUAAGACCAGUGUAAACGAGAUCGCACGAUUUCUUGAAGAUAGUUUAUACCCUAGCAAAUGGUACAAAUACACUUUCUAUAUGCGUUAAUAAUUAAUUAGUACAAGAUACUUUUUCCUCUUCAAAAGUAUGGUAUGUGCCAUUAAACAGGCAAACAUAUACGUCUAAAUGUAAUUGAUUUAGAAUAUGUAAAUAUGUAUUCAUACAAUUUAAGGCGAAUUUAAUUUUCUAACCAAAUUUGUCGAGAUAGUUAUAACAUAAUUAUAUUUCAUGAGAUUUUAAUACAAAUUAUAAUAAAGUAU